AUGAGCCGCCUGCCACUCCAAGGCGCCCGCUUUCCCUGGCCUCCACGCUCGCUGUGCGCGCUUCUGGCGCUGCUGCUAGUGGCGCAGCAAGGGCCAUUGGCAAGCGCUGGACCAGUAGCUGCAGUAGUGAGAGAGCUGCGUUGCAUCUGUUUAACUGUGACUCAAUCAUCUUUUCACUCCAGUUUGAUCAGUACACUGCAGUUGAUCUUUCCAGGGCCACAUUGCUCCAGAUUGGAAAUUCUAGCCACGCUGAAAGGCCGUACCGAGCCAGUGUGCCUGGACCCACAAACCCCUUGGAUCAAAGGAUUCAUUUACAGCAAAUUGAACAACAAUAACCAGAAAAGCAUGAAGAAUAAGAACCGGACAUUGAGAAGAUUGUCCUCUUCUGAACCCGUUUCUGUCAGAUCCCAGUGA